UUGGGGUGCAGUGGAUAUGUCAGUUUGAAUGAUUUCUAUUUGGCCUUUUCUUAUAGUGGAACUAUUAAUUUCUUCAUUGCUUAGUAGUAGUUCUGUUCUACUCCUCUCUAUUUCUUCCUUUGGCCAUAACUUAAACCCCUCUCCAGUUUUCUACAUCUUUUUGGGUAUAUAAUGGAUGAAUAGUCUUUGAUUUCAACUUUAAGCUUUUCAAAAUUUAUUUUUUAAGAUUUUGAGGGAAAGAUACUAUAUGGUGAUUAUUUCUACACGUUUCUCAUAAUUUCCAUUUUCAAAUUUCAAAACCACAAAUAAACCCCAAAAGUCCAUACUAUAGGUGUUUUUUUUUUCUUGCUAUUUUUGCCUUGCCUUUGCAAAACAAGCCAAGAAAAGAACACCCUUUUUCUUGUUUUUGCAUAAAGUUGGGUUCUUUAUUGUUAUUUUGCAUGGAUAGGUUGGUGAGUGAUCAAGGAGGGAGUAGUAGUAACAUGUUUAGGGACUAUAGAAAAGGGAAUUGGACAGUAAAAGAAACAAUGGUUCUAUUAGAAGCAAAAAAAAUGGAUGAUGAAAGGAGAAUGAGAAGGCAAGAGGGAAAACCAACAGAGUUAAGAUGGAAAUGGGUAGAGGAUUAUUGUUGGAGAAAUGGUUGUUUGAGGAGCCAAAAUCAAUGUAAUGACAAAUGGGAUAAUCUCAUGAGGGAUUUCAAGAAAGUAAGGGAAUAUGAAAGAAGAGUUGUUGAAGCUAGUGGAGAAGAAAUUAUAAGAUCUUAUUGGAAGAUUGAGAAGAAUGAAAGGAAAGAAAAGAAUUUGCCUACUAAUAUGUUGCCUGAGAUUUAUGAGGCAUUAGUUGAAGUUAUGGACAAAAAAAGCCAAAUAGUGUUGUUGCCUUCUUUACCUCCCACAUUGCAACAACAAUCUACUCCUUUGCCACUUCUACCAAUUACAACAACAGUAACACAAACAGAUUAUACUACUAAUGUUCCUUUUACCACAAUGUGUGAUAGCUCAGAUCCUGAUCAUAGCAGUGAGCGUUCAGAUUCACCGGCAAAGAAAAGAAGAAUGAGAGGAGGAGGUGAAGGAACUAGUGGCACAUCAAAAUGUAACAUUAACAAUUCAUCACAAGAAGUUGGCUCUGCUAUCUCCAAGAGUGCUGCUAUUAUAGCAGAAGCAAUUCAGUCUUGUGAAGAAAGAGGAGAUAGAAGGCACAAAGAACUCUUAAGCUUGCAUCAGAGAAGGCUACAAAUUGAGGAGUCAAAGGCUGAGAUCAAUAAAGAAGGCAUUAAUGGACUUGUUGAUUCUAUCAAUAAACUUGCUAAUUCCAUCCUUGCUUUGGCUGGUAACAAGAACCAAUCAACUGAUCCUAAAUAGCUAGCUACUCAUCAUGUGUCUUUGUCAAUCUUGAAUAGUAUGAUUAUGUUGUUGUUUCAUACUAUAUCUUCUUAUAUAAUACUAAGUUGAUGAGCUGAUUGUAACAUUAUUGAUUCAUUGAUGAAUGCAAUUUAAGUCAUUUCCUUU